AUGGCCUCAUCGUUAUCCUCCUUGACAUCGAGUCAACAGGAUACGCCGGAGUACUAUGGCGUUUACACUGGAAUGUGGACCAAUUGGUCUCGCGGGAGGGUCCUUGGGUCCACCAUAACUCUUUCACAGAGAGAUGGCACUCUCCUCAUCGCCUUCACAGCGUUCUUCAUUACCCUUGUCAGCACUUCGUUCUGGAGAAUAGCUUGUUUUGCUUUCCACACCAGAUUCUCGACGGCAAGCGCUCGCGAUGGACUGCACCAUCAACGACAAGCUUUAUUACGCAACUCGGCCAAUGGCGCCAGCGGCCUGGCCAGCCUACUGCUAGUUCUUUGGUCAUGGAGGGGCGGGAAGAACGAGGCCAAGCACGCGUACUCGCGGCUCUUGCCCCUUAUCAUAUUCACCACAGUCACUCUCGUGCUCUUUGCAAUCGCCUCCGGCUUCUCGUCGACCAUCUCGAGCGGCAUGGGGAGCGAGGUGCUGGUCUCCAGCGAUCGCUGUGGGAUAACCACUUCGGGCAACAAUGACACUUUCUUCAACAUCGCAAAUUCGUACGUCGCCCAGGGCGCUUCCACCGCUUUCAUCUACGCACAACAGUGCUACUCCAACACGUCGAACCCAGGGAAGUGCGGGACGUACGUCAAGCCAAGGCUUCCAGUGACAGUCGAAUACAACGUCAGCUGCCCUUUCUCCGACGAGAUGUGCUACACUCAGGACGGAAACAUCCGCUUCGACUCGGGUUUGCUUGACAGCCUCGACGACUUUGGAGUCAAUACGAGGCCCAACUUGAGGUUCCAGUAUAGGCAGAUGAUGGAAUGUGCGCCCUUGAACACGACAAAGUUCCAAGUCACGCACAACUACUCGGACGGCGGAACCCGAGAGCUCUACAGGCAGUUCUGGCUGGGCCACAGGAACACGUCGUCAGAGGUCGUCUACGAGCACAGGGAGUUGCUUGACAGCCAAAUCAACCGCACCGCGCAAUCAUACGAACUGAAUGCCAACAAAGCCUACUCAAUGAACAACUCGUACGACAUCCCAUGGACCGAUUUCUAUCCCAUCGACGAGCUGCGGGCCCCGUACGCCGACGUAUCGCUCUUCUUCCUCGCGGCCAACGGCAUCCAGUUCCGCAACGCAACCGACGACCCGUGGUUCUCGGCGCACCGCACGGGAGCCGACCCGGGAGAGUACAGCUCGGGAUUCGUGCUCGACCAAGUCUUCCUCCAGGACGAUCCAGCGUCAGUAGUCGGUUGCGUACACCGAGAGCAGUUGUGUAACCCGAACAUGCCCGACGGCAGCGACAAGUGCACGCCGCUGAGCUCGGGCGUUGACAACGCAAUCGUCUACCCGAGCAUUGCGCGCGACGAGGCCGAGGUGAAAGCGCUCAACUGGUUCCGAAUCAUAACGACGAUGGGGUGGUCCGAUGUGUAUACCCUGAUCAACGUGCUGGGCGUGUCGGCGCUGAACGCGCGGCAGAAGGUGCGCUGGGGGCUGCAGGGCGCGCUGCCCGACAACCAGUGGCAGAUAGAGGUCGAGUCUUGGUUCAACAUGGCCAUGGCCGGCCUCCAGAUGUCGUACCACGAGGUCGCCACCGGCCCGUCGAAUCCCGACGUUCCCAAGUUGUCGGAUGAUCUUGGAGGCAUGUUCUGCCAUAACCAGAAAAUGCGCAGCACCGCCUACACCAACAUCUCGACGCUCGGCCUCGCCCUGAUCUUCGGGCUGGGCGGCUUCAUCAUCGUGCUCUCCUACACCAUCGAGCCCAUCACGGCCUGCAUCCAGACGCGGCGGCGCAGCGACCACUACUCGCGGCUCGAGUGGGUGGCCAACGACGUGCUGCAGCUGCAGCGGCUGGCGCAUGAGGAGCUCGGGCUCGGCGGCGUGUGGCGCAACUGCGCGGGCGCGGUGCCAACGACGGAGCGGCCCGACGACCAGCUCGGCGUGCUCGACGUGUCGGACCCCGAGCAUCCGCGGCUGAGGGUGCUGGCUGAGGUGUUCGAGGAGGAAAAGAGGGGCGCGGAGGAGGAGGAAGAAGAGCGGAGGCGGCGGCAACAGGAGGAUGAGAGGAAGAAGAAUGGCGGGGUGCGGGCGAAUGAUGAGAGGGAGGUGUCGGAGAUCUCGGUGUCGCCGACGCUGACGGAUGGCGGGGAUUGGUCCUCGCAGGAUGAGCGGCCGCGGGAGCAGAGGCGGGGGAGUUCUUGA